ACCGGCCGCGGCGGCAAGCGCGACAUUAAAGCACACAGUGCCGUGGGCUGGUUUUCAUGGGCCUUCGAGAGAGGAUAGCCCACCGGAACGCCGCCCUCUCUCUGCCGACCGGUUUUUGAUCCUACAAAUUGGUCUGGCAGCGGCAGGUCAGUUACAAGCUGUGCCCAGUGCCCAUGCCGCCGACUUGCUGCCCUGCAUACUCCUAGUAUACAAUAAAAAGAAAAUCUGCAGGGUCCCGAACAGCAGCAGAUCCAGUCAGAGACGGCUCAACCGCUUUGCAGUUGCAGUAGCACCACACACCAUCGUUUAGCUAGCUUCUGCAUGUCUCCAGGGACAAGCAGCAAGAGCUUAGCUGCAAAUGGCUGGGGAAUCUGGACAGGCAAGCAUGUCCAGACACUGAAAUCAUACCUAUGGUGAAAUGGUUUAUUGUCAGUUCAAUUGUUAUUCGGCUGACUCAUCUCUUGCUGCUUUCCAAAGGAUGGAUCACAUGAUUUUCUGAUUAUUAUUCAGUCAGGCAUGUCGAUCGAUCAAGUUGCCGGUGCAGGUUAGCUUAGAUUAAUCCCCCCAGGCACGCGCCGCCAACAGGUUCCACGACACUGCCCAUGCCCUCCGACCCCACCACCCAUGGUUUUGCUGCGACACAGACACUCCGCCCUACGCGAACCAGCAUGGCAGCCCGCGCGUGCGUACAAGCCGGGCCGGCACGCACCUAUAAACCUCCUCCUCCUGGGACAGCUCCGUCUACCAAACCAUGGAGAGGGCAGUGUAGCCAGAGCGAGCGAGUCCUCGGCAAGUGCAAGGAUCAGAGCUCCACGAGACGACGACCAUGCUCUAUAGCCGCCUGUAGCUGGCUUUGGUGGAGAUAGGUGCGCGGCGGCGGGGCGCGUGCGAGAGGCCACGUCCACCACGGCGGCGGUCCAGGCGGUGCCGGUGCCGGAGACGAUGGGGGAGCUGGAGGAGGAGGAGCGGUACGUGCAGGUGGCGUCGAGGUUCUUCCGGGUCAAGCCGCGCGGCGGCGGCGGCGCCAACCCCCACUACCUCGGGUCGUGCCUCCUCUGCAAGGAGAGCAUCGCCUGCAACCGCGACGUCUUCAUGUACAAGGGGGACGCCGCGUUCUGCAGCGACGACUGCAGGCAGGAGCAGAUGGACAUGGACGAGGCGCUCCAGGCCGUGGCGCGGCGCCACCGCCUCCUGCGCGCGCCGUCGUCGUCAUCGUCCUCGCCGGCAGCUGAUGCGGCGUCCUCGUCAAGACCGCCGGCGAUGCGCCGCCGCCCGACAAUCGCCAACCUCGCGGCGCGCAAUCCCCCCGUGACCGCAAGCUAGGUAGCUGGUGUCGAUCAGCAGGGCCGCACGCAUCGAGAUGGAUCAGGCCGUGAGUGCGUAGUCGCAGGAUCAGUAGCCAGUAGGUGAUCGUCUUCUGCUGCGAUCAUCGACCAGUUGCAGUCAAGCGCAGAAAUUAGCAAGCAGAAAUUAGCAUGUAGGUGUUGUUCUCUGGGGAUCCUGAGGGCAUGCAUGGAUGAUUUCAUCUGCAUGAUCUCUUGUAGGGAGAGAGAGAGAGAGAGAGAGAGAGAGAGAGAGAGUUGAACUGAUGAGCAGUUGAACACUAGGCAGAGAUCCAACAGAGCAGGAAUAACCAAGCUAUGGACAUCGACUCUUUGUGAUGACCUGUAUAUCUGCAUGUACAAACUAAAACAUUAGUACCACCAGAGCAAGAUUGCUGCCA